UCCUUCUCCAUUUCCUUCAUUCUCUCCUUCCCUGUCUCUUGCGUCCCCUCCCUCCGUCCCUCUUUCUGUCUCAUUCCUUCCAUCCGUCCGUCCGGCUUCUGCCUCCAACCCUCUUCUCCAGCCUUUCGCUCUCCCCAGCUCGCCACUGGCCCGCUCCCUGCAGCCGCCCCUUCCCCUCCAUCCAGCGCCUGUUUCCUUCCCUCCAUCUCUCCCUCCCCCACGCCGCUCCCUUUGUGUCGCUGAUAAGAAAUACAAGGCCCAGGCUAAUUACCCGCCUGCCGCUGGCUCCUUAAUGAGAGUCUCGGCUCCUGCGCUGAGAUGACCCCUCCACGCUCCUCCUGCCUCCACCGCCAUGGACGCUCCCUCUAACUCUGCCUCCUCCUCCUCCUCCUCCGCCCCCCGGGCCGACGGGCAGGAUGCCAGGGCUGCGGGCUGGCCACCUCAGGACCCCUCCGCCCCUCCAGCCACCAAAGAACCCUCCCUGCCGGACCCCCCCUCCACCUCCCCUUGCCCUGCUGAGACCAUGAGGCCCAGCCCCGUCCCCCAGCCGGAACCGGGCCCCGCCAAUCUCCCAGCGGCCAUCUUGUCCGCCCCACAACUCCAGGCAGGCUUCGGCCUAGUAGCACCAAGCCCAUCCCUCCUCCAUUCCUCCGCCCCCAGGGAAGAUGCCAAGGAGGAGGAGGAAGAAGAAGGCGAUGAUGAUGAUGAUGAAGAGGAUGCGGAAGAUGGUGGCAGCACAGCCCAUCUGCUCUUCUUCCCUGAUGGCUCAGCCUAUCUCCUCAGCGGCGGCCAUGUUCUCUUACCAAAGGGCUACCCUGGCGCCACGGCAACCCUGCCGGUGUCCACCCUCCACGUCCAAGAUGGCGGCCCCAACCAAGGCUUUACGUCUACUGACCAAAUGUCCCAGAAUACCUCAGCGCCGGGCGAGCAGCCCCCUUCCGGCGCCUUCCACAGCUACCGACUAGCCAGGGCCUCUGCUCCCACCACCUCUGCCAAAAACUCUCCCACCGAACCCAAAGAUGCCGUCACUGACGGGGAGGGGGAAGCCAAAGUUGGCCAAGAGGAAGAACCAUCAUGGCCACCCUGGCUGUGCUUGGCCUGCCGUCUCUCCUUCCGACAGGGCCGCUCCUUGGCAGCCCAUGCCCUCUCAGCCCAUGGGGUGCGGCUCAGCCCCGGGGAGCGCCGGGCCCUGUCCCGCGGAGUCCCCGCCAUGCUCCAGGGCACUGCCCUCAGCUUCCUAGAACCAAAUAACCCCACCAGCGGGGUGGACCUCAGCGCCGGAAUGUGUAGUGGAUGGGUGAAUGUAAUGGAGGAGGAGGAGGAGGAGGAGAGAAGCCCCCGAGAAGGACGCAAGCCACCCGAUGCCAAAGAUUCAAGGGCCGGCAGCGUGGACUGGGCCAACGGGGGAGAGGAGGAGGAGAAGGCUGAAGGCAGGAAGGAAGAAGAGGAUGGGCUGAGGCUUCUGCUGGACCAAAGCUCACAGGGCCAAAGCCCACCCAGAGGCGCCAAUGUCCCGGAUGACUCACCACUAGGGAAGGCCAACACUGAGGUCACUGUUGGGUUGGCCAACACCGAGCUUAGCAACGAGGCCACCAGCGAGUCCAAUGUUGGGUUGGCCAACAGCAGGGUCCACCCCAACACUGGAGGGGUCCCUAUUGGCUUUGGGGAUGAUUACACGGCCAUGGCCUAUCCUGGGCUCAGCCUCUCUGGCCACAUGUCCCUGCUGCAUUCCCGCAACUCCUGCAAAACCCUCAAGUGCCCCAAAUGCAACUGGCACUACAAGUACCAGCAGACCUUGGAUGUCCACAUGAAGGAGAAGCAUCCCGAGAGCAACAGCCACUGCGCCUACUGCAGUGCCGGAGGCCCCCACCCGCGCCUGGCCCGGGGUGAGAGCUACAACUGUGGCUACAAGCCAUACCGCUGUGAGGCUUGCAACUACUCCACCACCACCAAGGGCAACCUCAGCAUCCACAUGCAGUCGGACAAGCAUCUAGCCAAUCUUCAGGGUUUCCAGGCCAACACGAGCGGCGGGGCCCAGCCAGUGCCCCCAGCCACCCCCACAGCCCCGACCCCGGUAGCCCCUGAGGAGAAAGAGACCAAGAGCAAGACGUCCUGGCAGUGCAAAGUCUGCAGCUAUGAGACCGGCAUCUCCCGCAACCUUCGCAUCCACAUGACAUCGGAAAAGCACAUGCAGAAUGUGCUUCUCCUCCACCAAGGGCUGCCAUUGGCCUUGCCCGGGCUCCUGGGACAGCCAGGGGGCAGCAGUGGGGGGAAACAGCAGCCGCAGACCGAGCUCUUCCAGUUCUAUGGGGUGCAGGCUCUGGGUCACCACCACGGCCACCACCAUGCAGGAGCCACCGGCGCCGUCCCGGGACUGCGGGUGGAGAAGCCCAUGGAACCAGCACAGCUGCUGCUCAAUGGCUUCCACCCACUGGGUCCUGCUGGGAGGAAGGGGGCGGUUUCAGCACCAGCGGCUCCGGUGCCACUUUCCCCAUCCCUAUGUCCUCUGCCCGCCCUGGCCCCUGCCUCCCCCCCUCUGGCUGCGCCGGUGGCAUCGGAGCGGCUCUUCGGCUGCCUGGUGUGCCAGCGCUUCGGCACGGACAGUGUGGAGGAGUUACUUCGCCACUCCACAGCUCCGCGCCGGCUGCCCGAGGCUGAGUGGAAGGAGGUGGCGGGGGAUCUCCACCGCUGCCGGCUCUGCGCCUACGGCACCCAGCUCAAGGCCAACUUCCAGCUGCACCUCAAGACCGACAAGCACGCCCACAAGUACCAGCUGGCCGCCCACCUGCGCGAGGGGGGCGGGGCCCUGCCCACCGCCACCCCCGGAGGGGCAGAGCUGCAGCCUGGCCCCGCCCCUGCCCCGCCCCCCCUCCACCUGCGCUGCAACCUCUGCGACUACGAGACCAACAGCAAGGAGAAGAUGCGGCUGCACGUGCGGGGGGCGGGGCACGAGGAGGGCGAGCGAAGCUACAAGUUCCUGCUGGAGUUGGAGGUGUCGGCACCGGGUCCCGACCCCCCCCACUUCCACUGCCUGCUCUGCAACACCACCGCUCCUUCCUGCCUCGCCAUGUUGCGGCACCUGCGGGCCCCCCGGCACCGCGACGCCCAGGGCCAGCACCGCCUCCACCUGCUGCAGGGCGGGCGACCCACAGACGAGGGCACCGUGGCCCUGGAGAGAUGCAUCCGCCUGGCCGAGCCCGUGCCACGGAGCACCGGGAAGGAAUCAGCGUCUGAGCCCACGACCCCCGAGAAAGAGACUCUGAACAAAGCCCCGCCCCCAGGACUGGACGAGACAGAGCCGAAGAGCCGAGCAGCGGGGGAAACCCAGACCACGGUGUUCUGCUGCCCGUACUGCAGCUACGUGAGCCGGGCGCCGGCGGGGGUGCGCAGCCACGCCGUAUCCCAGCAUGCCCUGCAGCCGACCUACCGGUGCCCGCUGUGCCAGGAGGAGCAGCUGGUGGGCAGAGGCAGCCUGCGCGCCCACCUCAGCCACGGCCACAACGUGGUGCCCGAGUGCGUGGAGAAGCUGCUGCUCGUGGCCACCACUGUGGAGAUGAACUUUGCCACCAAAGUCCUACCCAGCCCGUCCCCAAACCCUGAGUGCGGGGGGGAGUGUGAACUGGCACCCACAGCGCCCCCUGCUGGAGAUGCCGCCACCUCAGCUCCCCUCCCCGCCGCCCCCUCCCCCCCUCCUCCAGCGGCUGACCUGCCCCCCACACCCUGCCCAGCCUCCCCCCCGGCUCCGAAGGCCGACGACAGGGAGGAGGAAGCCCCUGUCCAGCUUCCCGCCCCCCCUGAAGAGCAGCAGCGCCCCCCCGAGACCUCGCCAGCCCUGCAGGACCCCCGGCACCCCCUGUCCUACCGGAAAGCCACCAAUUUCGCCCUGGACAAGUUCCUGGACCCGUCGCGGCCGUACAAGUGCACGGUGUGCAAAGAAUCCUUCACCCAGAAGAACAUCCUGCUGGUCCACUACAACUCCGUCUCCCACCUCCAUAAGAUGAAGAAGGCUUCAGCCGACCCUACCGCCCCUUCCCGGGGCGACUCGGGGGGCCCCGGUGCCCCCCAGCCCUCCUCCGACAAGCCCUACAAAUGCACCACGUGCCGGGUGUCCUACAACCAGAGCUCCACCCUCGAGAUCCACAUGCGCUCGGUGCUCCACCAGACCCGCUCCCGGGUGGCCAAGGCGGAGGCCGCCAGCAAAGGAGAGGCGCCGGAGGCGGGGGAGGCGGGGGAGGCAGCCCCGGCCCCCCUCACCGAAGCUGAGCCCCCCAAGAUCCUGGAGGUGCCGACGGCGCUGCCGUUCCCAGCACCCCUCUUCUCCCCGCCGCUGCUGCCGCAGUUCCCGGUUGUGCCGGAAUCCCUCCUCAAGCUGCAACAGCAGCAGCUCCUCCUGCCCUUCUACCUGCACGACCUCAAGGGGGCGCCCAAGCUCGCGCUGGCAGCGCCGGCCCUGGCCCUGCCGGCCCCGGCGGCCCCGCUGAUCCUGGCUCCGCCCAAGGAGCCGCCCCUGCCGCCGCCGCCCCCGCCGCCUGCCCCAGCCAAACCGGAGACGGAGGAGGACGCUGGCGGAGAGGAAGCCAACGUGGCCUCCCACCCGGCGGCCAAGGCUCUGCUGGAGAACUUUGGCUUCGAGCUGGUGAUCCAGUACAACGAGGGCAAGCAGGGGGCGGGGGGCGCGGCUCCCCCUCCAGUGGCCCCGCUGCCCCGCCCGCCAGCCGAGAAGCUGCGGUGCGGCACGUGCGGGAAGGUCUUCUCCAACAUGCUCAUCCUGAAGACGCACGAGGAACAUGUUCACCGGCGCUUCCUGCCCUUUGAGGCCCUCAGCCGCUACGCCGCCCAGUUCCGGAAGAGCUACGACAGCAUGUACCCACCCGCCGAGGGCACUGCCCCUGCAGAGACACCCCCGGUGCCCCCCGGCAUCUCCCCUCUCUGCCCACCCUUCCUGAUGCAGCCAGUGCCAGUGGUGGUGCCCCCGGCACUGCCCGAAGCCGAAGGGCGGUGGGUCCAGGGUGAGGAAGAGGAAGCAGGGACGGACCCAUCCCGGGACGGUCUGUCGAGCCGGCGGUUCUCCCGCACCAAAUUCACCGAGUUCCAAUCGCAGGCUCUCCAGUCCUUCUUUGAAGCCAGCGCCUACCCCAAGGACAGCGAGGUGGAGCGUCUCUCCGUCCUCCUGGGCUUGGCCAACCGGGUCAUCGUGGUGUGGUUCCAGAAUGCCCGGCAGAAGGCCCGGAAGAAUGGUGCCGAGGCUGGGGGUGCCGGAGGGGACACCGUCACCAACCAACCCAGCUGUAAGAAAUGCCAAGCCACCUACCGGUGCAUCUUCGACCUGGUGCGGCAUCUCAAGAAAUGCUAUGACGACCGGCCCUCAGCGGAAGGCAAUGAGGAGGAGGAGGAGGAAGGAGAGGAAGAGCCAGAGGAAGAGGAGCCGGAGGAAGAGCCCGAGCCACCAGCUGAGGACGAGGAGGAGGAAGAUGAGGAAGAGGCACCAAGGGGUGAUGGAGACCCCAAGGAAGAUCAGCCAGUGAGUGAUGGAGCCAUGGAGCCCCUGGAGAGCAAGGCCCCCACAUUCUCCUCCGAUCCACCAGGCGCCCAUGGCUCAGCACUCCUGGCCCCUCAUGACCCGCUGCCGGAGCUGCCCCGCAGCCAGGGGGCGCCCAUGAAGAGGAAGCACGAGGAUGGGAGCCAGUCGCCGGGCGGCGGGAGCGGCGGCGAAGGGGAGCCUCCGCGAGACAAGCGUCUCCGCACCACCAUCCUCCCGGAGCAGCUGGACGUCCUCUACCGCUGGUACGUGCAGGACUCAAACCCCACCCGCAAGAUGCUGGACUGUAUCUCGGAGGAGGUGGGGCUCAAGAAACGGGUGGUGCAGGUGUGGUUCCAAAACACCCGUGCAAGGGAACGCAAGGGGCAAUUCCGGUGCAGCGCCAGUGCCGGGAUCCCCCCCAUCAAGACCUCCCCAUCCUGUUCCUUGGCCAAGUUGAGUCCUGGUGGCGGGAUGGCCAACGUCUCUGGUGGCGGGACCUCCAACGUCUCCGGUGGUGGGACAACCAACGUCUCUGGUGGCAGGAUGGCCAACGUCUCUGGUGGCGGGACAACCAGUGUCUCCAGUGGCGGGGCCUCCAGUGUCUCCGGUGGCGGGACGGCCAACAUCUCCAGUGGCGGGAUGGCCAACAUCUCCAUUGGCGGGACGGCCAGUGUCUCUGGUGGCGGGACGGCCAACGUCUCCAGUGGCGGGACGGCCAAUGUCUCCGGUGGCGGGAUGGCCAAUGUCUCUGAUGGCGUCUCUGACAGUGGGACAGCCAGUGUCCCCUACAGCAUCAACCAGGCUGAGCCGGAUCCGUCAGAGCUGAACGAAGCCCAGAGCCCAUCCGGCGGCGAUCUGAGUGACUCUUCUUCCUCCUCUUCCUCCUCCUUGGCCGAUCCGGAGUCGCCAGGCGGGCAUGGGCGGGCGUUGGAGGGGGUGGCCGGGCUGGAUCUGCUGGGCCAGCGCCGCUACCGGACCCAGAUGUCCAGCCUGCAGCUGAAGAUCAUGAAGGCGUGUUAUGAGGCCUACCGAACGCCCACCAUGCAGGAGUGCGAGGUGCUGGGUGAGGAGAUCGGCCUGCCCAAGAGGGUCAUCCAGGUCUGGUUCCAGAAUGCCCGGGCCAAAGAGAAGAAGGCCAAGGCGGCCUUGGCUGAGGGGGGCCCUGGGGCUCCCUCCGAGGGCCCCCCUGAGCCUCGGGCUGAGUGCCCCGUCUGCCAGGUCAAGUACGACUUCUACGUCUCCUGCCGUGGCCACCUGUUCUCCCGUGGCCACCUGGCCCGGCUCAAGGAGGCCGUGCAGGCCCAGCUGCGCAGCGAGGGCCAUGAUGGGGCGCCAGGGCCCCCGCUCCCGCCCGUCCCCCCUGGAGCCCCCCCAGGAGCCGGCACUGCAGGCCCCUCCGCCGCCCCCGGCACCGGACUCCUGGGUUCCACGCCGCCAGGACAUCCCUUACCUCAGAGCCAGCUCAGCUCGGCGCCGGAGCCCCCCCGAGAGACCCAGCCGGAGCCGGGAGCCGCCAGCGCGUCGGUCGCCGGAGCCGCCAGACUUCCCAGCACCGUGGCCAACCCCGCCCUAAAGCCCCUGAAGGGUUUGAAGCCGCCGGUGCCCGCGCUCCUGGGCGCCCAGUUCCUGCCCUUCUCCGUGCCAGCGGGCGCCCCGGCCUCCCUGUUCAGCGCCCCGCUGCCCGGCGGCUACUUCCAGCAGCUGUACGGCAUGAAGACGGGGCUGUUCCCCAUGAACCCCGUCAUACCUCAGACCCUCAUCAGCCUGCUGCCCGCCCCCGAGGCCCCCGCGCCGGCCGGGGUCUCCACGGUGGACGUGACCCACCGCUACCUGUGCCGCCAGUGCAAGGCGGCGUUCGAGGGGGAGGCGGCGGCCGCGGCCCACCAGGCCGGCUUCUGCUACUACGGCCAGCCGGCGCCGGCGCCGCUGCGCGUGCCCGUCUGCACCUACCACUGCCUGGCGUGCGAGGUGCUGGUCAGCGGGCGGGAGGCGCUGGGGGCCCACCUCCGCUCCAGCGCCCACCGCCGCAAGGCCGGCCCCGCCCCCGCCGCCGGCCCCGCCCCCGGCCCCGCCCCGGCCUUUGCCAAAGAGGAAGCAAAGUUACCUCACUCGGACCCCAGCCCAAAAAGCAACUCUACCUCGACCACGCUUCUAGCUUUAUGAACAGCGCGGGGAGCAGCUGGAGACGGGGGGCGCCUGGAGCCCCCCGCCCCGCCCUGCCCUGGGGAACCGCCUCCCAGCCCCCAAACCCCCCCACCCUGGAACACCCACUGCCAGCUCCCUCCCAACCUGCUCCUGGCUGCCUCCCCAGACCUAGAUACCAACCCCCCCUACCCAAAUACCCCCUUGCCCCCGCAUACUCCAGCCCGGAUGGAGGGAGCUGGCACUUCUGAGUGCAUGUGCGGGGGGGGGUGAAUUCAAAGCACCCCCCCCGCCUUCGAGGUUGGCAAGAUGCCCACACAUGUGCUAGACGUGUUCCCAACACAGCUGGCCCCCAGACACCCCCUCCUCUCCGCACAUGUGUCAGGCAUGUUCCCACCAUGCAGGCUCCCCCAAAGGCCCCACACAUGCUCCCCGUGUGUCCAUCCGUGUAUCACGGGUGGCGCCCCAGACUCUGCCCGCCCCACACAUAACAUAAGACAGGGCUUCCACAUGACCCACCCCCCCAGCCUCCCUUCCCCCCCAUGCCAACUCCCAGGUGCCCCCCAGGCUGCCCCCCCAGCACAUGCCCCAUACUGUUACCCAUCAAGACAGGCCAAAACCAAAACUCAACUCAACGGACAGCAUGAGAGACAAACUCAAGGAAACGAAAAAGGGGGGGGCAACCUCUGGCCCCCCCAUCCGUCCCCCCGAUAUCCUGCCUCUCCCCCCCUCGAGCAUGCUCCGCCCAUUGUGUACAGAACUCGUCGGGACGGACGGACAGACAGACACUGGCUGCAGCCCCAACCAAACAGGAGACCGGGGGCCCAUCCCCCCUCCAGUCUCUCUCCUCACGGCCGAGGGUUUUGCGGGACCAGCCCUCGCUCCCCAAUUUUUCCGGGGCGACCCGGGGUGGGGAGGAGGGCGUGGAUCAACAGACGCUUCCCCACCCCCACCCUUCAAAGGCUUUAAAAGAUCCCCACGCGCCCGGUUCCCCACCCCAAAAAACCGCAUCCCACCCAGCUGCCGGACGGGGAACGAAUCCCCCCCCCUUCCGCCCGCCGCCCUGCGAAGCCAAAGCUUCUCCGACCGUGGCACCACAACCAAAAAUCCCACCAACCACACGACGGCCCGAGCGAGGACCUGACAGACGCCCCCAGCCCCAAAGGAGAACUCAGCCCCACGCCGCCCCCCAGCGUCCGACGGCGAAGGGUUCCCCCCUGCCCGGCCUCGGCCCGUCGGGUUGGCGUUGAUGCCCGUCACCGGGGCGGGUGUUUUUAAGCUUUCGCCCGUGUCCCCCGCACCCCAGGAUCGAGUCAUUUGGCCGACGGGAAGGGGCCGUUUUCUGCGCCCGCUCGUCGCCGUGAACCAAACGAACUACAAAGCGCGGGAGGGGGUGGAAAGUGGGGGGGGCGGGGAAUAAGACUUGGGCCUGUGCCCCCCCCGUCUCCACCCCGCCCUCCCCACCGGAGCACCAAAAACAACCCGGCGUUUGUUGUGUAUUUAAAGAACGGGGGGGACAAGGGCAACGGAAAUAAAAGGAAUUGAAAAUAAAGGCUCGGAAAGCGAAGCGGGUCGGGGGGGUCGGGUCCCGGAGCGGCUGAGCAAAGGGGGGGGGAGAUGGUGGAGAUUCCCACGGUUUAGACCUGUCCUCUGGCUCCGCCUCCUGUGGAAGGAGCCCCGCCCCCUCUGGGCUGACUCCACCCCCUUCCUAGCUCUGCCCCUUUCCCUGCUCUCCCCACUCGUCCUGCAGCCACU